AUGCGAACACGUUCUCAGGCCCGUAAAGAAGCAUUGGCAAAAGCAGAAGAAACGAUAGUGAGCACUACAAUGGGUGAUCGACCACCAGUUGCGAAUGAUACUAAGGCUCUUAAGGCUUUCUCUGAGCCUAAAAUCAAUGAUAUUUCGUCGAGCAUUGUCAGGCCAGCGAUCGAGGCCAACACUUUUGAGAUCAAACCGAGCACUAUUCAGAUGAUGACAAACUUGGAUCGAAGUUGGAUUAGUAAUCAAGUGCAAAGUGAUAAAAUUUCGUUAACUCCGGAAUAUAGGAAUGGUGUAGAAACUUUUUUAAAAUUUGCAAGUGAAAAUGGAAUGGGAGAAGAUGGUACAAUGAAGUGUCCUUGUAAACGUUGUAGGAAUUUGAAUUGGUUAAGUAUCGAUGAUGUUAGAUUCCAUUUACUUGCUAAGGGGAUGCUUGAGGGUUAUACCGUUUGGACAUCACAUGGUGAAGAAAGAGGAAGAAAACGUAGUCGAACAUCGCAUAAUCGUUAUUGUGUUUGGGAACCUACGAGGGUAGAACAACCGGUAGAUUUGAAUGCGAUGCUACAUGAUUUUGCCGUUGAAAAUUCCGAAUUUUAUAACAACUUGGAUACGGGAACUAGGAAUGUAGAAGAAGUUCCAAAUGAUAGUGCAAGAAAAUUGUAUGAGGUCAUUGUUGAAAAUGGAGCACCUAUUUAUCCCGGUAAUACGAAGUAUACAAGAUUAAGCUUUACCACAAAAUUGUUAGAAUUCAAGAAUAUCUCACAUUGUAGUAAUAAGGCUUUUGAUAGUUUGCUUACACUUUUUGCGGAUGUAUUACCAAAAAAACACACGUUGCCCCAAACUUAUUAUGAAAUGAAGAAGAUAAUGAAGGGUUUGAGGGUUGAAUAUCAAAAGAUUGAUUUAUGUGAGAAUGAUUGUAUGUUAUUUUAUGGAGAUGACAAGGAUAAAGUUGUGUGUGAUAUAUGUGGUAAAGAUCAUUAUCGGGAUGUUUUGAGGAAAGAUGGUAAAAAAAUAUUGAGACAUUUUCCUUUGAUUCCUCGACUACAACGCUUGUAUAUGUCAAAACAUACAUCCGACCAUAUGAGAUGGUACAAGAAUCGAGAUGUCAAAGAUGGAGAAAUUAGUCAUCCCGCGGACGGAGAAGAGUGGAAAAAUUUUGAUCGUCGAUAUCCAUCAUUUGCUCAAGAAAUUCGUAAUAUAAGGCUUGGCCUUGCAACCGACGUUUCAACCCAUUUGGCCCUACCGGGAAAAAAAACAUAUAGUGUGUGGCCCAUAGUAGUAGUUGUCUACAAUCUUCCGCCAUCAAUGUGUAUGAAAAAACCCUAUAUGUUUAUGACCGAUAUAGUGCCGGGUCCGAAUAUCAUUGGCAAAGAUAUUAACAUUUGUCUAAGGCCUCUCAUUGAUGAAUUGAAGAUAUUGUGGAAUACGGGAAUUGAAACAUAUGAUCAAUCUUCGAAACAAAAUUUUACAAUGAGAGCGACUCUUAUGUGGACAAUUAGUGAUUAUCCCGCUAUGAGUAUGAUAAGUGGAUGGUCGGGUAAAGGAAAAUUAGGAUGUCAAGUGUGUCUUGGAAGUGUGCAAGGGUUUCAAUUAAAACAUUGUGGUAAAUGUAGUUUCAAUGGCACGAACCGAAUAUUCCUUGAACCAAAUGAUCCACUACGUCGGAAAAGUAAUUUGUUUGAUAAUGCGGAAAGAAGAUUGUUUCGUGGUCGUUUGUCCGGGGAGGGUGUAAAGGAGUUGCUUGACGGUUUAGUUUUUCCACCACCCGGAAAGACUAAUACAAAGGCGAGGAGUAUCGGAUAUGGGGAAGAGCAUCAUUGGACUCAUGUUCCAAUUUUUUAUGAACUCCCUUAUUGGUCUUCACAUAGUUUACGAUAUUCAAUUGAUAUCAUGCAUACGGAAACAAAUGUUUUUGAGAACCUAUUUUUUACUAUUGUGAAUGCGAAAAAGUCAAAGGAUCACAAAAAAGCAAGAGCGGAUUGCAAGCACUUUGGUGUGUUACCUCAUUUGUGGAUCGAUGAAAAUGGCAAGUCACCCAAAGCACCUUUUUCCAUUACAAGAAAACAACGUAAACUUUUGUGUGAAUGGAUUAGUUCACUGAAACUUCCAGACGGUUAUUCCUCAAAUAUAUCUCGUUGUUGUAAUGUUGAGGAGUGUACAUUUUAUGGAUUCAAAUCGCAUGAUUGUCAUAUAUUUCUUCAAAAAUUAUUGCCUCUUGCAAUUCGUGAGCUUUUACCGGCGCCUAUAGCGGAUGCCAUCACGGCAAUUGCAAAUUUUUUUCAAGAUUUGUGCUCAUCAAUGGUUACAAAAACCGAUUUGGAAAUAAUGGAAAAAUCAGUUGUGAAGGCAUUGUGUUUGUUGGAAACAAUUUUUCCUCAAAGUUGGUUUGAUUCGAUGGAACACUUGGUUGUGCAUUUGGCGGAAGAAAUUAGACUUGCUGGACCUGCUUACUGGCAUUGGAUGUAUCCAAUUGAGCGUUUAUUGGGGAAACUAAAACAAAGGUCGGCAAUAAAGCAAGAGUUGAGGGUUCCAUUGCCGAACGAUAUAUGGAGGAGGAGAUUGUCAAUAUUUGUGCUUUUUACUUUGCAUCCGACUCGAUUCACAAUAAAUUAA